AUGCUCCCUAACUGUUUUUCUUUCUCCAUCCUAGUCUGCUCCCAGUUCUCAAGAGGGGUCUUUGCGAUCUUCGGGUUCUAUGACAAGAAGUCUGUCAACACCAUCACGUCGUUCUGCGGGACUCUGCACGUCUCCUUCAUCACGCCCAGCUUCCCGACGGAUGGAACGCACCCGUUCGUCAUCCAGAUGAGACCCGACCUCAAGGGAGCUCUUCUGAGCCUCAUCGAGUACUAUCAGUGGACCAAGUUUGCGUAUUUGUAUGACAGCGACAGAGGCCUAUCCACGCUGCAAGCUGUGCUGGACUCUGCGGCUGAAAAGAAAUGGCAGGUGACUGCCAUCAACGUAGGAAAUAUCAACAACGACAGGAAAGACGAAACGUACCGCUCCCUCUUCCAAGAUCUAGAGGUGAAAAAGGAAAGGCGAGUGAUUUUGGACUGCGAGCGUGAUAAAGUUAACGACAUUGUUGAUCAGGUUAUCACAAUCGGUAAACAUGUAAAAGGUUACCAUUACAUCAUUGCAAAUCUGGGAUUUACUGAUGGAGAUUUGUCAAAAAUUCAGUUUGGAGGAGCUAAUGUCUCAGGAUUUCAGAUAGUUGACUAUGAUGAUCCUCUAGUAUCAAAAUUUAUACAACGUUGGUCAACACUAGAGGAAAAAGAGUAUCCAGGUGCGCACACCAGUACAAUUAAG